UAAUGAAAAAAAAAUCCGCAAUAAGAGAAAAAGAGGAGGGGAAAGGAAAAUAGCGGGAGCAAAUAGUGGCGAACAAAGAAAAGCGUACGUAGAAAGAAACAUAAAAGGGAAAAGAAGAGAGCAACCCACAAUUUUCAUUUUUCAAUAAUUUUUUUUAUUGUUCUCUCUCUUCUUUAAUAAGAUUUUGAUUGAUAAUUGAUUCCUCCAAGCGAAGUAAAGAACAAAAGUGGAAAGCCGGUGUUGGGGGAAGAGAAAAUCCUGUCAUUUUUGAUUAUUUUUGAGCAAAAAUUGAAACAGAAAUGGACGAUGAAGUAGUACAAAGAGUAUUCCAAGAAGGAGGAAGAGACUAUUUCCAACAACAACCUUCAACUUCAACUUCUUCUUCUUCUAUUCUCCAAUCUCUCCCUCUCCAUGUGUCAUUUGAUCAUGGAUAUUAUUUGCUUGUAAAAUCGAUACAAGAACUCAGAGAGAAAAAGGAGGGUAUUGUCACAGUUGGCAUUGGUGGUCCCUGUGGGUCAGGAAAAACAAGCUUAGCAGAGAAGGUAGCAUCUGUUAUUGGCUGCACUGUUAUACCGAUGGAGAACUACCGUGACGGGUUUGAUGAAGGGAAUGAUUUGGACUCGAUAGAUUUUGAUUCAUUAGUUCGAAAUCUAGAGGAUUUGACAAAAGGUAAAGAUACUAUGAUACCAGUGUUUGAUUUUCAACAGAAGAAACGUGUUGGUCCCAAAGCUAUAAAGAGUACUUCAUCCAGUGUGGUAAUAGUUGAUGGUACUUAUGCUCUGCAUGCAAAAUUGCGCUCUCUGCUUGAUAUCCGGGUUGCAGUGGUUGGUGGUGUUCAUUUUAGUCUUCUUUCUAAAGUUCGAUAUGAUAUAGGAGAUUCUUGCUCACUGGAUUACCUUAUUGAUAGCAUAUUCCCUUUGUUUAGAAAGCACAUUGAGCCAGACCUUCAUCAUGCGCAGAUUAGAAUUAAUAACAGCUUUGUAUCAUCAUUUAGAGAAGCAAUCUACAAGCUGAAAUGCAGAAGUGAGUCACCUGAAGGACAUUCUACCUUUUUCCUUAAAGAAAAUGAAGCACAAACUGAUAAUUUUAUUGAGAUGUACCUUAGGCCCCCAUCAGCUAGUGAGGAAGCACGGAUAAAUGAUUGGAUUAAAGUGCGGCAAUCUGGUAUUAGAUAUUAUCUUUCACUUGGGGACCAGAGAAUUGUGGACAAAAAUUUCAUCAUCAGACCAAAAGCUGAAUUUGAGGUUGGACGGAUGACACUAGGUGGAUUGCUGGCUUUGGGAUACAAUGUUGUAGUUAGUUAUAAAAGGGCAUCAACAGCAGUUAGUGUUGGCAGUCUUUCCCUGUCAUUUGAAACAAUUGAUACUCUUGGAGAAACGUUCUUGGUGCUGAGGGGCACUGAUAGGAAAACAGUUGGAGCAGAAGCGUUGCGGAUGGGUAUCACUGGACCAUGGCUUACUAAAUCAUAUCUGGAAAUGAUACUCGAAAGAAAAGGUGUACCACGCCUCAAUACUCCUCCACUUGUUUCUACUUCGUCUGUGCCUAGUAAUCAAGAAAAAGUGAUUGCAGCACCAAAGCCUAUCCGUACCACUCCAAACCUUGUAACUCGACUUGAGGAUUUAUCUCAGCCUUGGACUCGGUCUCCGACAAAAUCUCAAAUGGAACCUGUAUUAGCAACAUGGCAUUUUAUCUCAUCAGAUCCUUCACAUGGUGAUGCCAUUAUAGCAACAGAUUCUUCUGCUUUCAGGGAUACAAUGAAACUUGCCCCAAUGCCUGAUUCAUAUGACUUGGAUCGGGGCUUGCUUCUUGCUGUUCAAGCAAUACAGGCUUUGUUGGAGAAUAAAGGUGUUCCCGUUGUAGUUGGAAUUGGUGGUCCUAGUGGAUCUGGAAAGACUAGUUUGGCACAUAAAAUGGCAAAUAUUGUUGGUUGUGAAGUAGUUUCCCUUGAAAGAUACUUUAAGUCUGAGCAAGUUAAGGAUUUCAAAUAUGAUGACUUCAACUCUCUUGAUUUGCCUUUGCUUUCAAAGAAUAUUGGUGACAUAAGGAAUGGCCGAAGGACAAAAAUACCUUUAUUCGACUUGGAGACUGGUUCUCGUAAUGGGUUGAAAGAGCUUGAAGUGUCUGAUGAUUGUGGUGUGAUAAUUUUUGAGGGGGUUUAUGCUUUGCAUCCUGAAAUCAGAAAAUCCCUUGAUUUGUGGAUUGCUGUUGUUGGAGGUGUUCAUUCACACCUGAUUUCUCGAGUUCAAAGAGACAAAAGUAGAGUGGGCUGUUUUAUGUCCCAAAAUGAGAUCAUGAUGACAGUGUUCCCAAUAUUUCAGCAGCAUAUUGAACCGCAUCUUGUUCACGCACAUCUGAAAAUUAGAAAUGAUUUUGAUCCUGUUCUUUCUCCUGAGAGUUCACUAUUCGUUUUGAAGAGUAAUAAGCAAGUGGCCUAUCAAGAUAUUUUAAAAAUCCUUGACUCUGCAAAGUUCUGUAGUUCUGUUCAGAAUUUCAUUGAUAUAUAUUUAAGGCUUCCUGGAACUCCUACAAAUGGGCAGUUAACAGAAAGUGACUGCAUACGUGUCAGAAUAUGUGAGGGCAGAUUUGCGCUACUGAUACGAGAGCCAAUAAGGGAAGGGAAUUUCAUCAUUCAGCCCAAAGUGGAUUUUGACAUUAGCAUUAGUACAGUUGCUGGCCUUCUUAACCUUGGGUAUCAAGCUGUAGCCUACAUUGAAGCAUCUGCACUCAUCUACCAAGAUGGCAAGAUUCUCAUUGAGGUAGAUCAUCUACAAGAUGUCUCUAGCCCUUACCUACAGAUCAAAGGGGUCAAUAAAGAGGCUGUGGCAGCUGCUGGUUCAGCAUUGAAACUGGAUGGGUCAUACACGACAAAGAGUUACCUCCAAAUAAUUUUGGAAAGACUACCACUGGUGGAAAGAAGUUACAGUGGAAUUCACACUCAUCAAGCUGCAAGGUUGCAGGAACUUGUGGACUAUAUACAAUCCCAGGGUGGCAGUACACCAUCAGAAUCUUCACAGAGUAGAGAGGCUUCUCCAAUGGAAGGCAUAAUAGAAGACAUGCAGUCCAGGAUUAGAAGGCUUGAACGGUGGCAUACCAUUAAUACGGUGCUAUGGACGUUUCUGAUGUCUGCCCUUGUUGGGUAUUCCCUUUACCAAAGAAAGCGCCAAUGACAUGGCCUUUUACUGGUCAUGACUGACAUUUGGGGGCUUGUUUUUUCAUUAUCUUGAAAUUGCCAAUGACAUGACAUGGCUUCCUGCAGAUUUUCUCCCCCUUUUUGCUACAGCGCCAAGUGCUAGAAACUGACUAACCAAAACUUCAUACAAAAGUCAAAUGCGUGUCUAGCAAUCAACUCAUAGGUUUACUACACAAAUUACACUUGAAAGUCUAUUGUUCUAGUUCCCCCAUUUUGAUUUUGUAAAUACUUGCGUUUGGAGGAAAUCAGAAGAUACGGAGAAGAGUUGAAGCUUCCUUUCUCUUUCUCCCAUAUUUAUUUUCACUUGGGAUUAUUGCAAUUUCCUUAUCCAUUUCUGUCAUACGCUUAAGUGAUAUAUUAAAAUGAUCCACAACUUUGUUGUAAA